AUGAAGCUGGAGGAGAUUUUCGUCGACUACUUGAAAAGCGGCGGCUCCUGGCUCGAAUCGAGCCUCGUGGUCUCGACUUCCUCAAAGAAAAGCAAGGAGCUGGAGUCCAAGGAGGUCUUCAUUCGGUACUGCGACCUGAAGAAGCGGGAUGGCGCCGUGACGGCGAAGCUGAUCCGCGACGAAAAGCGGGCCCUGCAGGAGGAGCUCGACAAGAAGCCGGUUGUUGCAGGCGAGGAGCCGCUGCCGUUCGUGUUUGCCCAUCCCGACUUGCCGGGGUCAGAGGAGUGGGAACUCAUCAGGGUCUUCGAUUCGGCGGCGGUGGUGGCCAGGGACAAGAAGACUCAGGAGGCCAAUCUCUCCACGGGGCCUAUGGAGCUGGAUGGGCAGCAGACACGUGUCUUUCUGCCAGCAGCCCUGGGAUUCGGGGUUUCCGCGGGCAGCUCGGCUGCUGGGCCGACCGUGCUGCCGCAACCCAGCGGUUUGCGGAGCUUGGGAUCAAAGGAGUCUCUCGAGAAAGAGGCGGAGCAGCUGAAGAAGAUGCGAAAGCAAGGCAAAGGAGGCACAGCUGGGCAGGUGAGGACCAAGGUGAAGCAGGUCAACGACAAGAUGACCGAGGCGGAUGAGUUGAUCAAGAAGGUGAACGAGUGUGAGCACGUGUCGCAGCCGCUUUGCAAGGGCUACAAGGACGAGCUGGAGAUGCACAAAGCGGUCCUCGGGGAGCACAUCGAGAAGCUGCAGGCUGACGGCUUCGAUGAGGGCACCGCCGAGACGGUGCAGCAGGCUUUCGACGAUCUUACCGAGAAGCUCAAGGUGCCGAUAUCCUGGGUGCGAGUGCCGAUGCUGACUUCGCUCACGGACAACACCGUGGUCUUCAGGAAACUACCGGUCAUCCUCCCCCACGAGCUGCUGUGCUAUUUAAGUGUUGAGAAGAUUCCUGAGGGGGAGGUCGACAUCGAUGCUGUCAGUACCUACUGGCAGCAUUGCAAGCGAUACGCACUGAGCUGUGGCUUUGACACCAUCCAAGCCUACCUUCGCCCUGUAGUUGCUUCGCUGAAUGCAUGCCUCAGCGGCUUCCACCCGGAGAGGCCGAUCCUCGGCCAAAGCGGAGAUUGUGAAUGGCCGGCGUGUGUGCCGACUACCGACCCUGAUCGGCCGCUAGUGCUGAAGCAAGGGCAGCCACUUCGAUUUGCAAUGACGGAGCUACGGGCGGACUGGAAAUUCCACAAGGAUAGUGUCAUGCAUUCGCAACCGCUCUUCCUGGCCAAGCAUCUGCGCUCGAAGAAUGGAUCCGAAGUGGAAUUGGCAGCAAAGGCAUACAAUGCCCGUGUUGUGACGAGCUGGUUGGCUGACUUUGUGGUGGAGCUGAUACACGAGGAGCCCUACUGCAAUGAUGAUCGUCUUAUGCACUUCCUCAGCGAGCUGAUGAAUGUCAUUGAAGCCUCGCCGCGAUAUUUAGACGACGGGCAAAUCGACCGAAUGCAGUACUGCCAGAAUGCUUCCCUCGCCGCCUACGGCCUCCUCGCUUACGGGUCUGCUCAAGAUGCUCUCUCCAU